GGCCUGGAUAAUUGGGCAUCCAGACAAACAAAAGAAAGCUCCUCUCCUCCCACAAACCAAAACUUGUCUCGUCAUCCACAUCGACCGCAAACUCCCUUCCCGCACCAAACCGAUCGAGCAGAGAAGGGAGAGAGAUGGAGGAAUAAAGCGGAGAGGGAGAACCGAGCCGGAGAUCAAAAGAGCUUGUGUGUGUGUAGAGAGAGAGAGAGGUGUGCGCAGCAGCAUCCUCAACCAUGGCCUCUGCUCCUGCUGCUAUAUAAGAGCCGGGGGGGCUCCUCUGCUUCCCAAUCCCCUCCAUCCUGGUCCCAUGCUUCGGUCCACGCACACGCCCAGCCCCACCAGCGGCAGCGGCAGCUCGGCGGCGCCGGCGUCCGGCUCCGGCGCCAGGAUGGUCGGCGGCGCCGGCGCGGCGGGCAGCGGCGCGCCGAGCGGGGCCAGCAAGCUGCUGCAGAUCCUCAACGUGCGGGUGGUGGGCAGCGGCGAGCGCGUGGUGGUGCUGUCCCACGGCUUCGGGACGGACCAGUCGGCGUGGAGCCGCGUGCUCCCCUACCUCACCCGCGACCACCGCGUGGUGCUCUACGACCUCGUCUGCGCCGGCAGCGUCAACCCGGAGCACUUCGACUUCCGGCGCUACGACACGCUCGACUCGUACGUCGACGACCUGCUCGCCAUCCUCGACGCGCUCCGCAUCCCGCGCUGCGCCUUCGUCGGCCACUCCGUCUCCGCCAUGAUCGGCAUCCUCGCCUCCAUCCGGCGCCCCGAGCUCUUCGCCAAGCUCAUCCUCAUCGGGGCCUCGCCCAGGUUCCUGAACGACAACGACUACCACGGCGGGUUCGAGCUGCCGGAGAUCCAGCAGGUGUUCGACGCGAUGGCGGCCAACUACUCGGCGUGGGCGACGGGGUACGCGCCGCUGGCGGUGGGGGCGGACGUGCCGGCGGCGGUGCAGGAGUUCAGCCGCACCCUCUUCAACAUGCGCCCGGACAUCUCCCUCCAUGUCUGCCGCACGGUGUUCAACACGGACCUCCGCGGCGUGCUGGGCAUGGUGCGCGCGCCCUGCGUGGUGGUGCAGACCACCCGCGACGUCUCCGUCCCGGCCUCCGUCGCCGCCUACCUCAAGGCCCACCUCGGCGGCCGCACCACCGUCGAAUUCCUCCAGACCGAGGGCCACCUCCCGCACCUCAGCGCCCCCGGCCUCCUCGCCCAGGUGCUCCGCCGCGCGCUCGCCCGCUUCUAGCGAAGCGACCUCAAGGCGGCGAUCACUAUUUUUACCGCCCGCCCCCAUUUUUACCCUCGCUCUGCCGAGAAUCAAAAAUGGCGCGACCCGCGCGCGCCGUUGCUGCUGCUGCUGUGUGUGCCAUGACUGUAGUACUAGAACUUGUUCUGGUGCCCGAAUUGUUUUUUUUUAACUUUUUACUGGAGCAGUCGUACUGGUACUCCGCAUCUUGCCUUCUUCUCCUGCACUGCCACUGCGCCGAAGGACAGAAAAGCGGGCCUCCUAGCGCCACGGGGCGUGUACUCGCGACGGUGCAGGAGUUAGUUCCAGCUUCCGAAGCCUCGUCCCAUCUGCAAGCGUAGGCUGUAAUUUUUCUCUCUUUUUAUUACUGCUCCUAGUUUACUGCUAUGAUAUGAGAUUGGGAUCUCCUGACCUGAUUAAGUGGAUAAUGCUGUUGAUCGGUUGGAAUCACCA